CUGAGAUUAGGUCAGGAAAGAUGGUGGUAUCGAAACCGGCUAGUGUCCUGAUGAUCGCGAGCUGGCUCUUCUUCGGCUCCGCCAGCGGUCAAGAGAAUAACGUGUGUCCCACGUUCAAGGACUAUUAUACCAUGAAGAACAAUUCCAAUUGUUGGUAUGAUUUGGCUGCAGAGUUCAGCGCCCCAGAAAUUAUUCGACGUAUGGGCUAUCCUGUUCUUACUUACAAAGUCCUCACACCGGACGGUUAUAUUUUGACGAUGUUCCGGAUCCCAAACAACCAUUCUAGCAAUCCCAAUGCGAAGUACCACCCGAUAUACUUGCAGCACGGAUUAGUGGCAACCUGUGCAACGUUUUUAGGGAAAGGCCGGGAUUCUCUUGCAUUCCUUCUAUCUGACGCUGGUUAUGAUGUUUGGCUAGGAAAUUACAGGGGAAAUGCUUAUUCAGAGGAGCACGUUAAUCUUACCGUUUACGAUCAAGAGUAUUGGAAUCACGGUAUGGAUGAGGUGGCUCUGGUUGACCUCCCAUCGAAUUUUCAGACGAUACUCAAGCACACAGCGCCUGGUAGUAAAAUCAUCUUUAUCGGGCAUUCUUUAGGAACAGCCGUUUCUUUAAUGUAUAGCGCCGAAUAUCCGGAAUUCUCGAAUCGAAUAUUGAAAAUGUUGGUUUUGUUAUGUCCAGCUUAUACCCUCUCGAACAUGAUAUCUCCUUAUAGAGCCCCAGCUCCAAUGGGCGAUUUUGUACUAGAUACCAUCAGGAGACUGCGAUUAGAGAGGAUAGUUUCGCAAGCUCAGGAAUUAAGAAGGUUAGUCGUGCCGCCUUGCAUGGAAUCGCCGGAAAUGAUGCAGAACUGCAUGCAAAUGUACAAUUUAUUUUACGGACCGAAGACUGAUUUAGGACCGGAGAGCAUUCCAGUCUACUUCAAUCAGCUACCCGGAGGGACGUCCAUAAAAAUUUUAAAUCACGCAGCCGAUCUCGUGUUAGGGAAUUUUAGGAAGUACAAUUAUAAAUCUCUCAACUACAAAGCAUACGGAAGGAAAACGCCUCCCGUUUACGAUAUAAGCAAAAUUAAAGUUCCUGUAUAUUUAGUGUAUUCUGCUCAAGAUUGGGCCACACCCGAAGCCGAUGCGUUGAAUUUAUGGAGAAACCUGCCAAAAUCGAGUAGAUACGGAAUGAUGAAGAUAAAUAGAAAUACGUUUAAUCACAUCGAUAUGGUUUUUGGAAGACAUGCUAGACAGUGGGUUUACGAUCCCUUAAUUAGAGUAUUAAAUAAAGCUAUUAGCAAUUAAAGACGUGUCACAUUGGUAUAGUAUGUAAUUCUGAUUAAUUUGAGCUACUUGUUGAACAAAGAUAUACUAG